AUGUUCGCUGUGGAACACCGAGUCGACCACAAAGUUGUCUGUAAGUUUUCUGUACUGAUACGCCGAACCCAAACUCCAAAAUCCUUCUGUUAAUAGUCUCAGACACUUUUAGGUUUUCCCCAUCCUUUUGGAGCAGGGCCUUUCUGCUAAUAGUCGAGUUGAAAAACACUGUUUACGGCCUAAAACCGCAACCACUGGAAGGUGGGGUGGGGGCUUGUAGUUAAAAGCCUUAAGUCAACAAUCAGCAGCCAUUUCGAAAUAUCUGUCCUUGACAAUUUCCUGAAGUUGUUCAGGUAUUCUGUUCCCUGACCCUCAAUAUUCGACCCUGCAGCUAAGGUUGAGGCAGAGUUUUGACAGAUCUGAAUUAUUUAACCAACCGAUAAUAGCUCAGCGGCCUCUGCGGGCCUCAGGUUCAGCCAGCGCCCUAACCACAUGGGGUACGAGUUUAUUUUAACCUUUUCUCUUUCAUCAUUCUCUUUCAGACAAGAGACUGUUGAACCUAGUGCUCAAGAGGAUGCGCGAAAACGAAAUAAAACAGGUAAUUUUUGUUUUAAUAAGUAAGCCAUUCCUGUUCAAAGAAGGCAUCUGGGCAUGGAAAAGGUAGAAUUAAAGUUUUAAAUUCGCUCGGAAAUUAAUGUGUGAGCUCGGAGUAAGUUCUUCACCAGAAACCUCGCUAGGUUUGGCCAGGAAGUUGAUAUGGACACCUGGGUCGAUCAACCGCGUGGUGUUCACAUUCUGCUAACAGGCUGUCAGUAGUAUGUAGAUACCGAUUGAUUGGCCACACUCUUAGCAUCAGAUGCGCGGCUCUGCGCUUUUUGCCAUUACACCCGCUCGAAGAAUGGUAGACCAAAAACAUGGUGCUGCCUGUUCAGAAGAAACUACAGUGAUUACACAGUUUUUGACAGUUGUGUCAAUAUGAAUUAUUCAAAAUCUGCCAAAACGUCUAUGAAUUACGUGAGCCUGGUAGUCAUCUAGUGGAUCCCAGGUGAAUUACUUAGGAAAUCCUGCUUGGGCAGUCAACUUACUGUAUCAGAUUUGGUGGAUCCCAGACGUUGCAGUAGGUUGGGCGGGUGACUUGGCCCAAAAUUUGAUUAAACUCGCGUCGUCCUGCGGGGCCUUGUAGCUCAGGUGGUUAGAGCGUUGGAUGUACUAAAGCCUUCCCCCUUGCUGUCGGGGUUCGAAUCCCACCGAGGCACCGAGUUUUUCACAGUUGGGUCAAUAUGGAUUACAGUUAAGUUGAUUUUUACAAAAGAAUAGGCCACAUGGCAUUACUGACAAAAAUAAGGGAGGCUGGUAUAACCAUUUCUGGCUCAUUAGCCGUCGUCAACCAGUCAUACCCAACCCCGAGGUGUGGAACAUCUGGGGCUCGAUCUCGCGACCUGUUGGUUAGAAGUCUAACGCCUCUAACCACUGAGCCAGGAGCUCGAUGUCUAGUCGGUUUCGAUCGGGAAUAUACAGUGAUAGAAGGGCGCUCACCGAUCGUUCUUACGGAACUCACUCGCCCCGUUGGGCUUUAUGGGCUUCUCUCGAGUCCAACCAGCAGCCGCGCAGCGACGCAUGAUAUUAGCAAAAUGGCAAAAGACAAGGGAGACUGGAAUGGCCAUUUCUGGCUCAUUAGCCGUAGUCAGCCAGUCACACCCAAGAACGCCCGCUCUUUAAUCAAACUUAACUUACAUUGGAGUCCUGCCUCCGAUGACGAAAUCGCGGCAAUUAACGACUCGGACGCCGACUGACAAGCCGUCAUCGCAUCACUUACGACCCCAGCGGUGAUUGCGAGAGCUGUUAAUUACAGUACGCAUAGGGUCCCACGGCAGCCACGUGCUAUAAAUAAUGCACUCCUUGUGCCACCAUUACCCUUAUCUGCGAGUGCCUGAUGAUGGGUUCGAGUGCGAAUCCGAAACACCAGGCCAAUAAAUUUCUUUUUCCAGUGAUCGAAUCCUUGUCUUCUGCACCUCUUUCUGGAACUCGCCUGUUCGCUUCUAUACAUGUAGACUUGCCAGCGGCGCUUUAUUCAAAGUUCACUAUUUUUUGAAAAUAUCUUUUGUUCGUUUUUUUUAAAUUAUCGCGCCCAAUUUCUUUGCCAAAUGACAGCGUACGGUAAGAUUUUCGGCAAAAAUUUAUCUAUUGUCUGUGUUUUCUUGCUCUCCAUCCUGUGCGCUGCCUCACUCGUAAAAUCCCCGCUACGGUCCACAGGCCAGCCCAAGUUAGUUGUGGGCCCUACACCCUAUCGUCGCCAACUGCCCCAGAUGCUAGGGACAGCCACAGCUAUAGUAGUGAAAAUGCAAUUCCCAGAUGUCAUUAUCAAAAAAGGAGGUGUUCACCGGGAGAGGUGUGGUGGAGGUCUGACGUUUCGGGUAGUCGUUUCUUCUACCCAUCUUCAGAAUAGGAGUUGCCCACAGGCCCGACUCGACAAUCCGCCGGCAAGUGAUGCGGCCAAAAGACCCGAUCCCUAAGCAAGAGAUGUCAGUCGUUGUCUACCGACUUCAGUGCAGCUGCGAGAUGUGCAACUAGGUUGGGAAACCAGCCAACGGCUGCAAACGCGAAUGCACGAGCAUAAGUUGGUCGUGCGAAGGUUGGACCAAAGGUCGGAGGUAGCAACCCAUGCCGCGAAAAUGGGACACAUCUUCAACUUUGCCUCCGUUGGAAUUGUGGGCAGGGGUGAUGAUCAUACGGCAAGGCAGGUACAAGAAGCCCGGACGUCUACCGACUGUUCUGUCAACCGCCACAUCAAUCUGCCUCUCCCCUAUCUGGUUCUACAGACAUUCUUGACGGGGGACAGUCACGGCGCGGGACAAUCGGGGCCGUCAGCUAUCGCCGACGAGGAUGGGCGGGAUUCAGGUCAUGGUGACAUGCAGGUCGGAUGCAGCCACACAGGCGUCAAACAAAAUGAGCCAUAUAAGGAGAGCUGUGUGCAUGACUUCCCAGCCUCUGAAGAUGGGUAGAAGAAACGACUACUCGAAACGUCACAUGACCAAUAAACCUCUCCCAGUGAACGCCUCCUUUUCUUUUGACAGCCACAACUGCUCAGCCCUAAUUGGGUGGGCCGCAGAAGUUCUACUGUCUGUCUUGCAUGCAAGUGUGCCGGAUAGGAUAAUGUUGGCGUGUGUCUUAACUAACACAACCAUCAGACUCACUCCUGGUCGGCAGGUUAGACCGAGAGAUACCAGCAGGCGGAGUUUAUUCUGGUGGUCUGAGCACUCGACAUGUGACCACCUCCGGGUACUCGGACGCGUCUGUCUGCGGGGCGAAGGUGACUCUGUGUGUUUCGGGAGAUGAGAGCCAAUCAGCGUCGCGUUAGCAAGUGAACUGGACUGUUCCCGGGUUGGCUGCCCUCGCGGCAUGCCCCAUCCAUCCGAAGGUGGUGAUCACGUGACGCGUGUGGCAGGGGGGGGGGAUAGGCGGACUGCAUAUAUGCGUUUGAGGUGCUUGCGCAAGAAACCGCUGCGACGACCGCACGACGACCUAGUCGGUUUUGCUCUUGCAGCGCCAAAAUGCCGGCAUCUUGUGUGCGGGCAUUGUUACCUGAAGUUAGAACGGCUUUACCCUGAGGGCAUUCACCUAACGUCCUUGACCGCAUCGCAUGCACUAAUGGCUUUUGCGUGGGUGUUAACCGCACAAGGGACUCUAACUAGUAGACAGAAACUGUUUGCCUGUCGAAGUGCUCCGAUCUCGCUCGCCUUGCUCAUGCACAUAAAGACCACCGAAACGGUCGCCGUGGCUAACACGAAACAGACGCUAGUAGUCUCCAUACCCGUUACUAGUUAAGUGACCAGUGUAAGCCAUUGCUUGGACCUGGGCACGCACUACGAAGACCCGCGCUACUACCCCAUCAACCAUCCGCCCCCCUCUUAAAAACAACUCAUCCAUGAUUAUCCAUCUGGAAUCUACAAAUGUCUCUGAUGAUGGGUUCGAGUGAGAAUCCGAAACGUCAGGCCAAUACACUUCUUGUUCCAGCGAUCGCAUCUCAUUUUUUUUCAUUUGAAAACUCUCCGAGUCACCGUUUUUUCAUUUAUUCUAGUACUUCCCCACCUACCUAUCCGAAUGCCGUUCACCGGCUUCCUGUGCUCCUGGCGUGUACACACUUUACGCAGAUCUAGUCUGAUGCUGUCGCCGCUCCCUCAUUAAGUCCGAAGACGGGUUGAUGUCACUAGCCCUACAAUUAACAAGUGCAACUCGUCUUCUCCAAAGAACCCGCCUCCCUCGCUGAUGUGAUAGUAGGGAGAAGCAUUUGAAUUAAUGCACCUGAUCCUAACCAAGGGAUCACCGAUCCGGUGGCCCAGUGCGAGAGCAUGUGACCUAAUGACCAACGUUCAAAAAUGCCAGGGUUCGAACCACAUGUUGUGUUGACCUGGGGUUGAGGUUAGGCCGGCUAAAGGCGACUAUUAUACCAGGUACGGCCAUUCCGGCCCAGUCUGGUUAUGCCGAUGUUUCUUUUGCAUAUGUAGCGGGCAGCCAUCAUAACCAGUAUGGCUUCAUUGUUCAGGACUUUGCUGCCAGAUGCGCUGACCUGAAGCCACUCGACCGACUUCAGCUCGAACACAAUUGCGUCCACACAGUGUCAUGGCUACCCAUGCGCCACUUGAACGCGCUAUCCCCUGCAACGACAACCUAAACCACUAGGACACCAUCCCUCGGCAAAUGCAACACACACUGACUGGACACCACUUGAGCUUGGCCCACGACCCUGCAAAAGCGGCUGCCACCGCUGUGUCAGGGACUCUCGAAGAGAGAGAGAGAGAGAGCGAGAGAGAGAGAGAGAGGACAACUCCGGGUUCUGUAUACAUUAAACCCCCAUUCUGGUGCCUUCCGUCUUCUCCUUCCAACAUGGGAUUCGACCUGGUGCUUGUAGCACUCAGAGCACUUAUUCUCACUGCUAUGCCGCUACACAUACAUGUUCCGCCGGAAGAUAAUGUGUGAAUCCGGAGAGAGGUCCUCAGAUAGCGAGAUUAUUCGUCGAGGUCUACCGAGGCUGGUGUCAGUGGCAGCCAUAAGAGCGACAGCAGGACUGAGAGGCGACAAAAAAUAAGUCCAGGCGUCGCUAAUUGGAUUUGGAAAAAUUGGAUUUCCGGUUUGUGGCCAUCCCGCCACAUGAGUAUUUUACGGGAAUGCUGUGAUUUGCCAAAUGUAUGGUGUUUCUUUUACCACUGAGAGAAUUGGUUGUACCGUGGAGGGCAGAUGCAUGCACAUCUGUGCAGUUGAGAUCAAGACUUAGCUUACGAUCUCAAGUUUUAGGCUGAAAGUUAUUUGCAUACAAACAGGCAAUUAAGACGCAGAACUCUGGCAUCGCUGGUCAGUUCCACGGACCUGACUGGAAUCUGUCCCCAUGUUCGCGACCAAACUAGGCUAACCAUCUAUUCGAAUUAAUUCUCAAGGGAACCCCAACAGUUGGUGGUGCCCGACCCUGAUCACGGCGGCUGAACUGACCUUUCGGCGUUUAAAUUAGUCGCUUUGCCAACGAGCCACCUUCCCGCCCAACUAACAGGUCUUACUGUGAAAUGUGCAAUUACUGUGCCAAAAACAUCACAUGGACGAAUUCUUCCGCCAGUAUAUUUUGGUUUUGACGAGUACUCAUUACUACGGAUACAACUCUAUCUCUCUUUCCCGUCACGCUAGCAAAAGUUAUCGGUCGACAGUUUACGUCGUUCGCUUAGGAUGCCACUUCCCUGAUCUCCUGCCGCUUUUGUCGAAUUAGCGGUUGUUUUUAUUGUUUAGGUUGUCAUUCUGCCCCUCAAUGAGGAUAAACGCAGAAGAAUGCUCCAGGUCAUUGGCGACGGAGGUCCGCUGCGAUUCAUCAACUCUGACAGGGAGUUUCAGUUCUAUAUUUGA